ACCCACGAAAUUCUCCUCGUUUUCCCUCGCUUUCCUUUCUACCUGUAAUUUCCUUCGCCGUUUUAGUUUUCCAAUCGUAGAGAGAGAUGGCGCCUAAGGGCGAGAAGAAGCCAGCGGAGAAGAAGCCGGCGGCCGAGAAGCCGACGGAGGAGAAGAAGACGGUGGCAGAGAAGGCUCCCGCCGAGAAGAAGCCGAAGGCGGAAAAGCGGCUGCCUAAGGAAGGCGCUGCCGGUGACAAGAAGAAGAAGAAGAAGGCAAAGAAGAGCACCGAGACGUACAAGAUCUACAUAUUCAAGGUGCUGAAGCAGGUGCAUCCCGACAUUGGCAUAUCCAGCAAGGCCAUGGGAAUCAUGAACUCCUUCAUCAACGACAUUUUCGAGAAGCUCGCCCAGGAGGCCUCCCGUCUCGCCCGGUACAACAAGAAGCCCACAAUCACUUCCCGGGAGAUCCAGACCUCCGUCCGCCUCGUGCUCCCUGGGGAGCUUGCGAAGCACGCCGUCUCCGAAGGGACCAAGGCCGUCACCAAGUACACGAGCUCUUGAGCAGUUUUUCUAGGGGUCGUGGUUUCCUAGGGCUCUGAUUUAUGCCCUCGUUGACUUGAAAAAUUAGUUGUUUCUCCUUUUCCUCUUCUUUUUUUGGUUGCGAAACUGUUUUGUAUUUUAUCGUUUUGGAAUGUAAAGAAAUGGUCCUUUCCUCGCCUA